AUGGAGUUGGACAGAAAUGCGGAUUUGAUGCAGUUUUUACUCAAUCCAAGGGCACAAUCAAAGACUUGGCACCGAGAUAUUGAAGACGAACAUGUAUUUGACGAGAUAAAGAAAACUGGGAAAGAUAACGGCUCUACAGCAUCAUCUUGCGAGUCCGAACAAUCUCCAGGGUUUGCUACGUCUGAAGUGACAAGAAAACUCAAGUUUCAAUGGGAUUCUGCAGGAUCUGAGUGAGUUUUUGUUUGAUUGAUAUUACUUUAGGUAACUUCUCUUUUGUGGGAAGCACGGGAAUGUUUGAAUGAUAAAUUGGGUUUCCAUAGUUGGAAAUCCUCACUUGUAGCUUCAUAGUCUACUUUUUAUUAGUCCAGGCUUUGUUCUAUCUAGUUGUUGGCUAUUAUUCUAGGUAAUUUCCAUGUACAAUAUAGUUUUAUUGGAUUUUACGAUUUUUUCAUUGCAGGGAUACUCAGACCUAUACCACAAUCUAUCCUGGUCACAUUAGGGUACCAAUAAAGUCAAAAAUGACUUAUGCAAGAGCAGCGCAUUCUUCUUCUCGACCUUUCGCUCUCGCAUCCAUCAAGAAGGAGAACAUUAGCCGUAAUUGCGUGGAAGAGGAUGUUGAAACUACAGUAAGUGAUUUAUGAUUUGUAUUCAGUUAUUUUAGAGUGAAAAGGACGGUUCUGCCUGCGAAGCAAAGGCGGAUAAAAGCUGCUGGACCGAAAAUGAGGAUAAGACAUCAUGCAGCUCGAUGGAUAGCUCGGAAGAAGUGGUAAGAAGGGGUUUAUUUGUUGAAAGGCGGUUACACCGGACAACACUUGACCUGUUAAACGGCCUGAAACUAUUUGGCUACGCGAAGGGUUGUUUUUAUUUGCGAUAUUAGUCAUGGUAAUCAUCUCCUUUUCAGACACCAUCUUCCCCGCAGUUUUUUACCUCAGAAUUCCUCUCCAAAUCUCCUCCAGAUUGUACAUUGACUCACGACUCAGAUUCUUCUCAUCUCCAAACAACAGGUUAUCCCGGUCCCGACGAUAAAAAGGGACUUGUCUCUCUGAUUCAGAACUCUCAAUAUUAUGUAACACAAGCUCACGGAAAUGGCCAAAAUAUUGUUGCGUUGAAUGACGCACGUCCUCCCGCAAAGAAGUUGAUCAACAAUGCAUGGAGGCGACUUAUCCUUGAAGACAAUCAGCACUUUGGAGGCCGGAGGGCAUGUCAAAAACCCAUCGGGCAAUGCAUAAUCUGCGAUGAGAUCUUGGUGGAUCAUAUACUCUACAAGAGAUUGUUGAAUGUGAGUGGCUUUUAUUUAGUUUGUUUACGCUUUUAGAACUUCUACCAGUCCAAGAUUUGCUUCGACUUUGCCAAGUAUCAGACUUGCCGAUACGGCGAAAACUGCCGGUACGUACACCAACCACACUAA